AUGGGUGUAUCAGGCCUUCUGCCGCUUCUCAAGUCGAUCCAGAAGCCGACAGAGCUGAAAAAGUUCAAUGGAGAGACUCUGGCCGUAGACGGUUAUGGAUGGCUGCACCGGGCUGCCUAUUCGUGUGCCGUUGAGCUCGGUCAAGGAAAGCCUACCAAGAAGUUUAUCAAUGCGGCUCUGCAUAGGGUUAAGAUGCUGAAGCAUUUCGGCGUCACCCCCUACAUGGUAUUUGACGGCGACUUUCUCCCUAGCAAGGCUGCUACCGAGGCCUCUCGUGCUAAAAAGCGAGAGGAAAAACUCAGGCUUGCCAACGAAUAUCUCAAGGCCGGAAAGUCCUCUCAGGCAGCCCAGGAAUUCCAGAAAUGCAUUGACAUCACUCCCGAAAUGGCGUCUGCCCUGAUUCAGCAGCUGAGAAAGAUGGAUAUUCCCUAUGUCGUGGCCCCAUAUGAAGCAGAUGCUCAACUCGUGUACCUCGAGCGUCACGGCUUCGUCGAUGGUAUUAUUUCAGAUGACUCAGAUCUGCUCGUCUUUGGAGCAAAGCGGCUGUUAACCAAGUUGGAUCAAUACGGAAACUGCAUUGAGAUUAACCGGCGUGACUUCUGUGCCUGCCGUGAGAUUUCUUUGACCGGCUGGAGCGACACUGAGUUUCGGCGAAUGGCGAUCAUGAGUGGCUGUGAUUAUCUUAAUGGCCUUCCAGGGGUAGGGCUGAAAACAGCAUACCGGAUGCUGCGAAAGACAAAGUCUCCUGAGCGCAUCGUCCGCUUGCUACAAUUCGAGGGGAAACGAGUGUCAGAGAACUACCUGACUCUGUUCUACCAGGCGGAGCUCACAUUUUUACAUCAAUGGGUAUUCUGCCCUACCAAGAAAGAGUUGGUUCAUCUCACAGAAUUGGAUGGGACACGCACAGCGGAAGAAAUGCCCUUUAUUGGAUCUCACGUUGAGCCGGAGAUGGCUUGCAAAAUCGCAAAUGGCGAUGUAAAUCCCAUCACGAAACUACCAAUCACUCUGCCCGCCACGCCUUCCAAGCGGAGGCAUUCUCAGAGCGCUGCGGCCGCUGAUGCUUCGGGUCGUCCGCUUUCCAAGCCCAUCAAUUCAUAUUUCAAGGGGCAUGAUCGGAUACCUAUGGCCGAGAUGGACGCCAAUUGUUUUUCCGUCGACCCUCAACGACUUUCGCAAAUUACAUCCGAGGGAGCCGUUCCACGAUUGACGCAACCAGCUCCACGGACAUCGCCUCGUCUGAAUCGACGGCGUACUGAGCCAAUCUCUAAGGCCUCGAGCCGGCCUCCCAAGAAGGCACGUCUGUGUGACGACUCGUUUGAUGCUGACGCAGACGGGUCACCAAAGAAGAGUCGGUUCUUCCCUGCCAAGAAAGCACUCAGAAAGAGCCCACGGAAGGCAAACAGCGACGUAUAUCUGAUGUUAUCAGAUGACUCUCUAGAUGAAGCGCUCAACAAUCUACCCGAUAUUGAAGGCUGGGCGUCUGGACCGCCAAAGAGAGGUGUUUCGAUAUUUUCCGACAAGCAAAAAGAUCUGCCUCCUAGUCAGCCCGAAAGUAUCAGUCAACAGGACUCUGUUCAGACAGAUACAAAGGAACCUGGCCACACCAGCCAGCCAGAAACCCCCGAUGAAACUCCCGAGUCUUCGGUCGAUGCUUCUACGUCUCUUCCAAAGCUGCCAGAUUCAACGCCUCAAAUCGCUCGCACUCCCCCCCGAACUCGAACCAGCUUAUCUCGCUUUUCAUAUUCCUCCAAAUCUACGGAUACACCGGCGUCAACAACGUCACAACACUCAUCAGUAUUCAGCGCUGCCUCUACAGUAUCUACCGCGCCCUCUACAGCCCGAGCGAGGCAAACGCCCCUUCAACGCAUGAGAGCGUGGGCGCUCAAAACUCCAUCAUCUCCAACACUACCCGUGCCGCGAAAAGAUGUCGGCGAGAGCCCGAGCGCCAAAGGACCAGUCGAACCUGAGCGUAUCCCACUCCCCAAGGUAGACUUGAAUGAAAUGGAGGCGCUGAAUAAGCCGUGCGGAAGCGAAGACCAAAUCAUCCCCGAUAGUGACGAGGAAGAGGAGGAGGCAGAUGAGGAGGAGGCCAAGCUUCCUACCAAAAAACUCAACCUUGCCCGCUUCGCUUAUUCCUAA